AUGUAUGCGCACUCGCACUUCCUAGUCUUUUCGUUCCUCUCCUACGUCGCAGUUGUGCUGGGCAGCUCAGUCAACAUUCGCGAUGUGCUUCAUUCUGCUCGAGCCGGACGCACCCUUUUAGCCGCGAAUCCUAGGGUUCAGCUAGAGCGUAGGUCGCAAAUCAGCCUUCUCGAUAAAGAAGCCGUUUUUCAUUAUCUACACAGCAGCGAAGAGGACAGCGUAUAUGAAGCCUCGUUGUUUGUCAAAGCUGCAGAGCCAAUACUCGUCCUUGAGCAUUUGGAAGAUGACUUGGCGCAUGUUGAAUGCUCGACAUCUGAUAUCUCUUUAUCUUUCGCUUCUGCCGAAGUUCUAACCGUCCUUAAAAGGUUGUCUGAGGUAACGAAUUUUGUGGUAGUCACUUCACAUGUGACCUGCAACGAUGACGGUGAGAGAGCGACGUACCGUGCAAAAAAAGCCAUUGUCGACUCAGAGAGUCACAUGGUGCGCAUUCCAAUCUCCCCCUGUCAAUGGCAUGAUGCCUUUGUUGAUACUCGCGUCUCAUUCUCUCGACGCCACGUUGAAGAGAACAAGCUACAGCGACGAACAUUUCAAAAGAGACAAGAUGGAGCAACCACGGCACCAGCAUCAGCAACGACCACCGAAGUCCAGAUUCAGGGUCCCACGCCAAUGUAUAGUUUUCCAACAACGCAACUUUCGGCCAGCGCUGCGGUGGCUACGGCCACUCAUGUUCUUAAUGUUUCGUUAAUUAACCAGCAAAUCUUCCCACCUUCGAAUCCUGUUGCUGAUCAAGUAAUGCAAGUAGCCUGGUGCAUCAGAUGCUGUAUUUAUGCUGACUGCAGCAGACCUCAGAAUAUUAAAGUAAAUUGCCAAAACUGCACAAUUGGAGGAACGGUUGAAAUUGGUGAAGCUAAUUUCAAUAUCCCCAACAACGGCUCCGUGGCUAAUCUAAUCGGCGAUUUCAACAAUGCGAUUGCCUUCUUCAAGAAUGGAAGCAUCGAGAUGGAUGCUUCAGGCUUGGCCGCCCAUUUGGAGUUCAAAGUUGAUAUUGAAGAGUCACACGCUGUUUUCCCCACUCUUAAUAUCAGUCUUCCUAGCAUUGGACUCAGCCCUUUUGAGAUCCCCGGAGUAGCUGUCUUCGGACCUCUCAUUCAGCCUGACGUGCUUGUUGCGGUCAGUCUCGCCGAACAGCUGAGCUUUACCUACGGGAUGGACGUCACAGUGCCCGACCAUUCUAAACUACAUAUCAAUAUUAGUGCCAUCGAAAACUCUACGAUGGUUGGAUUCACCAACACGACGGUCAAACCGAUCCCACUACAGGCGAGCACACCUCUGACUUCUCUCGUCAUGAGCGUCAGUUUCCAGCCCCAGCUCCUCCUUGGGGUUACCUCCCUGGCUGGAUCUGUGACCGGCGGGAUUGGUGGUUUCUUAUCCCUUCCGACUCUGUCAGUCAACAUCACCGAGCUAAAGAAUGUGGAUACGAAUUGCAACUCGGUGUCCGAUGCAAAUAGUACCAAUUCAGCAGGCUUCACCAACAUUGUCCCUUCCAUCGAUCUGAAUGUCGGGGCGAUUGCUAAGCUGCAAGCCUCGAUCGAAGACUUCAACAAACAGGUAACCGCGCAGUUGGUGAUCGCACAGACAGCGUUUGCACUGCCAACGAAGUGCAUGGCCUAUGAUUCGGCAGCACAGACGUACGGGAUAGCAACCAUUAAGGCAACAGCGACUGCCUCAGGCACUAGCACUGGCAAUGGAAAGGCCGGAGGGCAGUCUGGGAUGGGAGGGAUUAUUCGGGAGAGGGACAGUCUAUGGCUGCGCAGAGUGGCCGGGCUCGCAGCGAUCCUGGUGACUGCAGGGUUCUUGGGAUGGGCAUGA